AUGUCACAUGUCUCGCCCUUGUUGCAAGCGGUGCGAAAAAUCCCAGUGUUGGAAGCGAUCGAGCCCUUUUUUGCAGGACAGAUGAACCUAGAAUGCCGAGAGAGGAAUAUUACAGCAGCCUCCCGCCUUCGAGGCCAGACCAACGAGACCAGACCAGAGACCGCAGAGAGCCUGGGCGGACCAGAGCCGCAGAGAGCCCGGGCGGACCAGAGCCCGCAGAGAGCCCGGGCGGACCAGAGCCGCAGAGAGCCUGGGCGGACCAGAGCCGCAGAGAGCCUGGGCGGACCAGAGACCGCAGAGAGCCGGGCGGACCAGAGACCGCAGAGAGCCGGGCGGACCAGAGACCGCAGAGAGCCGGGCGGACCAGAGACCGCAGAGAGCCUGGGCGGACCAGACCGCAGAGAGCCCGGGCGGACCAGAGACCGCAGAGAGCCCGGGCGGACCAGAGACCGCAGAGAGCCUGGGCGGACCAGAGCCGCAGAGAGCCUGGGCGGACCAGAGCCGCAGAGAGCCUGGGCGGACCGAGCCGCAGAGAGCCUGGGCGGACCAGAGACCGCAGAGAGCCUGGGCGGACCAGAGACCGCAGAGAGCCCGGGCGGACCAGAGCCGCAGAGAGCCUGGGCGGACCAGAGACCGCAGAGAGCCUGGGCGGACCAGAGCCGCAGAGAGCCUGGGCGGAGAGGGAGGAGAAAUCUACUCGGCCAGACCAACGAGACCAGACCAGAGACCGCAGAGAGCCCGGGCGGACCAGAGGACCGCAGAGAGCCCCGGGAGGACCAGAGACCGCAGAGAGCCUGGGCGGACCAGAGCCGCAGAGAGCCUGGGCGGACCAGAGACCGCAGAGAGCCUGGGCGGACCAGAGACCGCAGAGAGCCCGGGUGGACCAGAGACCGCAAGAGAGCCUGGGCGGACCAGAGCCGCAGAGAGCCUGGGCGGACCAGAGCCGCAGAGAGCCUGGGCGGACCAGAAACGCAGAGAGCCCGGGCGGACCAGAGGGCCGCAGAGAGCCUGGGCGGACCAGAGCCGCAGAGAGCCUGGGCGGAGAGGGAGGAGAAAUCUACUCGACCAGAGACCGCAGAGAGCCCGGGCGGACCAGAGACCGCAGAGAGCCCGGGCGGACCAGAGACCGCAGAGAGCCUGGGCGGACCAGAGACCGCAGAGAGCCCGGGCGGACCCCAGAGCCGCAGAGAGCCUGGGGCGGACCAGAGCCGCAGAGAGCCGGGCGGACCAAGAGACCGCAGAGAGCCUGGGCGGACCAGAGACCGCAGAGAGCCGGGCGGACCAGAGACCGCAGAGAGCCGGGCGGACCAGAGACCGCAGAGAGCCUGGGCGGACCAGAGCCGCAGAGAGCCUGGGCGGACCAGAGCCGCAGAGAGCCUGGGCGGACCAGAGACCGCAGAGAGCCUGGGCGGACCAGAGACCGCAGAGAGCCUGGGCGGACCAGAGCCGCAGAGAGCCUGGGCGGACCAGAGCCGAAGAGCCCCGGGGCGGACCAGAGACCGCAGAGAGCCUGGGCGGACCAGAGCCGCAGAGAGCCUGGGCGGACCAGAGCCGAGAGAGCCUGGGCGGACCAGGCCGCAGGAGCCUGGGGACAGAGCGAGAGAGCUGGCGACCAGAGCCGCAGAGAGCCUGGGCGGACCAGAGAGACCGAAUGUCGACCAGCUCGGAAAGGUCCAGCGAUUCUUUGGCCUUAUCUCAUUGGUACACGGUAAUGUUGAAAGGACAUUAAGUAAUAACCUCUGGCACUCUCUUGACCAUGGGUGCCAAACUAAAACACAUUCAAGGGCCGAUUUUCAUUUAGCUGUCAUCCUGAACUCCAACUGA